AUGGAAAGUAUCUCCAGCGGUGUUAAUUUUCUCAGACGUCGUUUUAGCUCGCAGGAUUUUGAAGAAGAAAACAAAACUGGAUCACCUACAAUUCUUAAUUCACGUACUCAGCAACAACAACAACAAUCACAGCAACAGCCUCCUUAUGCCCAAAAUGGACCUCCGUCAAGCAGUUUCUCGUUAGCUGGUCUUGCUAACAAAGUUUCGAGUGCCAUUAGUGCUCCAUCAUCACCAUCAAAACAGUCAUUAUCAAUGUAUUCUCAAGUUCAAGGUAUUACAAAAAAUUUAAUGCAAGCAGCUACCAAUGCUACAUCUCAUGUUCUGGGACCACAUAAAUGUAUACUAGUUAUUGAUGAUCAACAAAUUGACUGGGGUAAAUAUUUCCGACAUAAUCGUACUGGUUGGCAGUUACGGGUGGAACAGGCUGCAUUCUCUGAACUACACGUUUGCUGUCAUACGAAUAAAAAGUGUACUGUGGAAAUUAUGGAUUAUGGAAGGGACAAUAGAAAUAUGCAACCAGAUUUUGUACUUAUUCGACAGAAUGUCAAGAAUGAAAAAGGUGACUACACUAAUAUCGUUACGGCCUUACUGAAAGGAGGUGUACAAACACUGAAUAAUCCUGAAAGUAUUUACAUAUUCUUGAACAAAAAUUGGAUGUUCCAUCAACUGCAACUAAUUUGUGAAAAUGCUGGACCGAAUGCUAUGCCCUUGAUUGAGCAAACUUACUACCCUUUCUUCGAUCAUUUUAGUUCACAAUCUCGUUUGCCAAUGGUAGUACGUGUUGGUCACGGAAGUCAUGGUCUUGGUAAGACGAAAAUCAGUGAUGAAAAUCAACUGAUGGAGGUUGAAAAUAUGCUACGGUCGAUCAAACCAAUUGAAGUGGUUACUGAACCAUUCAUUGAAACAAAAUAUGAUAUACAUUUACAGAAAAUUGGUCCAGAAAUAAGAGCUUAUAUUCGGAAAGGUAUAUCAAAGGAUUGGAAAAGUAAUGUUGGUUCAGCAAUGUUGGAGAAAAUUUCCCCUUCUAAUCGACAAAAACAGUGGUUGACAACGAUAUCAGAUGCAUUUGGUGGUCUUGAAGUAUUUGGAAUUGAUAUUUUGGUUGCAAAAGAUGGGAGAGAAAUUAUUCAUGAUGUAAAUGAUGUAGUAACUUUGCUUGGUGAUACGCAAGAAGACGAUCGCAGGACUAUUGUUGAUCUCAUUCAAAAUCACAUCAUUCAAUCAGCUCAGCGUGUUGUACAACAAAUACCUUCUACACGUGUUAAUACUGCACCACCAGCUCCGCCACCACGACCUCAAUCAACAAACGCUUCACGAUCCAGCACUUUGGAGCGAAAAAUUUCAAGAGAAACUGUAGUGAAUGGAGGAAGUGAUAGAUUAGAUCUAAAAACCUCAACUGAUCAAGUAGCUACAAAAUCUCCUCGAAUUACAAAACAAAUAAGUAAACAAGAUAAAGACUUAUCAGCAAGUAAUCUAAAACAACAGCAGCAACAUCAGGAUGACACCAUGGGUCAAUUGAAGCGUACAUUUGCUGGUAUUUUCGGUGAAGUUCAGUGA